CUCCCCCGGUGCCGAUGGAUAGAUACGUGGUUAAACGCCCUCCCGGGGAAACGGGGGACGGUGGGAAGAGGCCGCGGCCAGAGGCGCCCGCCUCGGGACAGCCCCCCUGGCAGGAGAUCCGUGCGGAGGGCCUGAGCUGUGACUACCGGCUCCUCUUCGGCAAGGCCGAGGCUGACGAGAUUUUCCAGCAGCUGGAAGAGGAGGUGGAGUAUUUCGAAGGUGAAAUGACAAAAUUGCACGUGUUUGGCAAAUGGCAUGACAUUCCAAGGAAGCAGGUAACCUAUGGAGACCCUGAAUUAACAUAUACUUACUCGGGUGUUACCUUCUCUCCUAAGCCAUGGAUUCCAGUUCUCACCCGUAUCAGAGACCGCGUCACUUUGGACACAGGACAUACUUUUAAUUUUGUUCUUAUUAACAGGUAUAAAGAUGGUGGGGACCACAUAGGUGAACAUCGAGAUGACGAGAGAGAACUGGUUCCACGCAGUCCUAUCGCGUCUGUGUCCUUCGGAGCUUGCAGGGACUUUGUUUUCAGGCACUGUGAUUCCAGGGGGAAAAAUGCAACACGCCACAUUAAGCCCAUCAAACUGCAGCUAGCCCACGGUAGCCUGCUGAUGAUGAAGUACCCCACCAACGUGUAUUGGUACCACAGCCUGCCCACCCGCAAGAGAGUACUGACCCCAAGAAUCAACCUCACAUUUCGGAAAGUGAUGACUGCAGCCAAGAAGUGAAAUAUUCAGCAAUCAAACACCAGGUCUUUUGACUCAAAAAAUAGAAGCUUUUUUUCCCUGACAUAGCUGUCAAUUCCUUGUUCAAACGCUGCCUUUGAUGAUCCAAGGUACAAGAUGAACAAAUUAAACCAGGAGAGGAGAUGAUAGCGUACUUGGUAACUUUCUAAUAAAGACUGCGACUAGCCAAGAA